ACAUGUGGUACUGCGGCCAGACUUCACGUGACUGCCAAGCCUUUCUGUUAUCUGCUGUUGGUCAUUUCUUCGACUAACAAACAUGCUGUUGACGGUUUUGUGCUUGCUGUCUUUGAGAUUGUUGAAUACUAAUGGUGAGCCAUGCCCUAACCCUGCCAAACACUGUUCAUCUGAAACGUUUAAUGUGGUAUUUCCCAACGUGGGCUGCCUUGGCUGCCAGGGUGGCUGUGAAGCAGGGUACAUAAUGACCAGCAACCCAAAUGUUUACAGGGAGACAACCGCACCCAUGGGCCAUUACAUGUAUAAAGGCUUACCGGUUCCAAACAACAAGAAUGUUUCAGAACCUCAGUGGCUGUGUAACCCAGGCGACGAGUGCCAUGCUGGUUUCUUCAAGUCUGCUAUGAUGGGACACCCGUCUUGUGAAUGGUGUGGAGAGGGAUGUAGCCAUUGUUCGGGUUUCGGACACUGUACUCGGUGUUUUGGUGGCUACAAGACUCAGAUUCAUCUUUCCCAUGGAGUUGCUACCAGAAAAUGCCUUCCUGGAACAGUGUUUUGUCCAAACCGAACUGAACAUUGCACCCAUAAGAUAUUCGUCCUAGAGAGUGCUGGAUGUCUUGGUUGUCAAGAUUGCGAAGAUGGUUACAUGGUGACCUUUAACCCGCUGUACUACUCCUACCACGGCGGACAUUACGACUACAAAGGAUUGACUAUACACGAUGGAAGAAAUGUAAACCAGCCUAGACAUAUUUGUCACCAGGGAACUACCUGUCCUGAUGGGUGGUACGAGAUUCACCACGCACCAGUUUCAAUCUGCGAGUGGUGCGGACUUGGCUGUGUACGUUGUGGGGGUCGUAACGACUGUCGGGAGUGUAAACACGGCUACACACUGGAGCACUCACACUGUCUACUCGACUCGCAUAUUGUUGGAUGACGUAAACAAACAUUAUCGGAAAAAAUUCGACAAAACCACUAGCCCUUGGUCCCGGCCAGUGGAUUUUUGGUCUGGUCUGGUGGUAAUUGUCAUAUGUAUUACUAUAAUAGAUAGGACUCUAGCUAAAGCUUCUGCGGCGGCUGGUCACUUUCUUAAAGAUUUGUAGAACACUGUAAUUGCCUCUAAUUAUAUUUUAAGAUGUAUCAUAAUUAAAUAUAGACAAUUAAAUUAU